ACGGCACCCAAACACACUUAAAAAGCGAAUCAACUAGAAAGCUACGCGGAAAGAAAAAAAAAAAAGAAAAAGAGAGAGAAGAAAACCCCAAAUUCCCCCAACUACAUUCUCUUUUCAUCUCCAUCAUCGAAUAAUCGUCUUUCCAUACGCUAUAAAUACGCAGUUUGUCCGUACAGUAGAGAUAAAGAAAAGGAAAAUGGGGGCAGGGCGUGAAAUGUCGAUAUCGCUAGACGGAGUGAGAGAUAAGAACGUGAUGCAGCUCAAGAAGCUCAAUACCGCACUUUUCCCUGUUCGCUACAACGACAAGUAUUACAGCGAUGCUCUCGCUUCUGGCGAUUUUACUAAGCUAGCGUACUAUAGUGACAUCUGCGUUGGUGCAAUCGCGUGCCGGCUGGAGAAGAAGGAAGGUGGGGCUGUUCGUGUUUACAUAAUGACAUUAGGUGUUUUAGCACCCUAUAGAGGACUAGGCAUUGGUACAAGGCUAUUGAAUCAUGUUCUUGAUCUCUGCUCCAAGCAAACAAUAUCUGAAAUUUACUUGCAUGUGCAGACAAACAAUGAAGAUGCCAUCAAGUUCUAUAAGAAAUUUGGAUUUGAGAUUAUAGAAACCAUCCAGAACUAUUAUACAAACAUCACUCCGCCUGACUGCUAUGUUCUCACGAAAAUCAUCACUCCUCAGGCAAAGAAAUGAUGUUGCAAAGUUAGCCGCUGUUUUGCCAAUCCUUGGUUUUUGAUGCUAUUGUUGAACUCUAUUAUUUUUGCAACGUCAGAAUCUGAUUGUUGAAAUGAGUUAUUAAACGGUUCAUUUGAUGCAUAGAUGGUGGACCAAUGACUUUUUUAUUAUUAUUAUUAUUAAUAUAAAUUCUUGAUAGUGUAUGAAUAUUUUGAAAUUUUA